UGUCACAGAUUCUUGACAUGACUCAUGGUGAACUAAAAUUGCUUGCAAAGCAUCUGGGACAUGAUGUGAAGACACACAAGGAAUAUUAUCAGUUGUCUUCCAGUACCAUGGAACUCUCAAAGGUUGCCCUGAUGUUGUAUGCUGUUGAAAAUGGUAAAGUCAAUGAGUGGAAGGGAAGGCAGAUGAAGGACAUAGUAGUAGAAGAUUUACCUCUUCCAAUUGAAGACGAAGAUGGCCAUCAAGAAGAGUCCAUGUCAACUGCUGACAGUGAAGAGCCAGGCAGUCUGACCCAUGAUAGGAGGGAGCCAAGUGAAGAGCCAGCCAGUCUGACCCAUGAUAGGAGGGAGCCAAGUGAAGAGCCAGCCAGUCUGACCCAUGAGUCCAUGUCAACUGCUGCCAGUGAAGGGCCAGCCAGUCUGACCCAUGAUGAAAUGAGGCAGCCAAAUCCUCAAGGGACAGGGACAAGAAAAGGAAUGAAACGAAAGUGGGCCAGCGAAGAGAACAUAUGUUUCAUGAACUUUUUUAGAGAUGAAUUAAGAGAAAAAAUAAUGCCAUCUGGCUCAAAAAUAAUGGGGUCCCUAAAAAUACUUACCGGAAGAACAGUGGCCCAGAUAAGGGCAAGGGUCCAUAACAUUAUUAUGAAAAAACAAAAAUGGAAAAAGAAUUGUUGAACUGUGGAAUAUGUUUAUGCCCCUGGUAGGGUGGCAUAUAGCAGUUGAACUGUCCGUCAGUCAGUCAGUCUGUCCAUCUGGCCGAAAACUUAUAUGGCCAUAACUUUUUCAAUAUUGAACAUAGCAACUUGAUAUUUAUACCCCUAUUACAAUUGGUAAUGGGGGCUAUAUAGGAGUCACGUUUGUCGGUCUGUCCCGAUAUUUCAUCCGAUCUUCACCAAACUUGGUCAGUAGUUGUAUGUAGAUAAUGUCUAGGUCAGUUUGAAUAUGGGUCAUGCCAGGUCAAAAACUAGGUCAUGGGGUCACUUAGUAUGUUUUAAACUGUAAGUUUGUACGGACCAUAGCUAUGUCAUUUAUUGUUACAUUUUUAAAUGACUCGGUACAUUUGUUCACCAUCAUGGAACGGUGUGUCGCGUUAAAAAAAAUUACGUCAAUAUCUCAAAGGUCAAGGUCACACUUGGGAGUUCAAAGGUCAAAUGCUUGUCCGGGCCAUAGCUUUGUUUUUUAUUGUGAGAUUUUAAAAUCAUUUGGCACAUUUGUUCACCAUCAUUGAACAGUGUGUCGGGCGAAAGAAUUACGUCGAUAUUUCCAAGAACAAGGGCACAAUUUGAGUUUAAAGGUAAAAAAUGGCCAUAAUUGAGCUUGUCUGGGCAAUAACUAUGUUGUUUAUUGUGCGAUUUUAAAAUCGUUGGCUCUUUUGUUCACCAUCAUUUGACGGUGUGUCGCGCGAAAGAAUUAUGUCGAUAUCUCCAAGGUCAAGUUCGUAGUUUUAGUUCAAAGGUCAAAAAUGGCAAUAAAUUAUCUUGUCUGGGCCAUAAAUAUGUCAUUCAUUGUAAGAUUUUAAAAUGACUGUACAUCAAUUUUGUUCAAAGUCAUUGGAAGGCUUGUCAUGUGAAAGAAUUCAAGAGUUCAAAGGUCAAAAUGGCUAUAAAUGAUAAUGGCAUAAUGAUUCUUAAAAAAUCGCCAUAAAUUGUAUUAUCUUGUUUUGUGAAGACAGCAUACAAAAUAAUCAAUCAAUCAAUGCGGUAUGUGGGGGUAACAGACAAAGCUCCAGUUGGCAUGCAUGUGCAUCUUGUGAAGCUGCACAUAUUGAGUGGUGAAAAGUGAAGGUCAAGGUAAUUCUUCAAGGUUAAAUGUUAAAUAUAUUGCUUUUGUCCGUCCGUCUGAAAACUUUAAAAUUGUGCCAUAACUUUUGAGCUCACCUGAGUGCAACAUGCUCAUGGUGAGCUUUUGUGAUUGCCUUUUGUGCGUUGUAUGUCGUCAACAUUUUGCCUUGUGAACACUCUAGAUUCCACAUUUAUUGUCUGAUCUUCAUGAAAUUUUGCAGAACAUUUGUCACAUUGAUACCUCGACUGAGUUCGAAACUGGGUCAUGCUGGGUCAAAAAUUAGGUCACUAGGUAAAAAAAACAACAAAAAAACUUGUGAACACUGUACAAGUCCAAUCUUCAUGUAACUUUGUCAAAAUGUUUGUCUAAAUGAUAUUUUGGUUGAGUUAAAAAUUGGUUCCGGUCCGUUGAAAAACAUGGCCGCCAGGGGCGGGGCAGUAAAAAAAUUUCCUUAUAUGGCUAUAGAGAAACCUUGUGAACACUUUAGAAGUCAAAAUGUUUGCCUUAUCAUCAUGAAACUUAAUCAAAACAUUGGUUUUAUUUAUAUUUUGGACGAGUUCGAAAAUGGUCCAGAUCAGUGAAAAAACAUGGCCGCCAAGGGGCGGGGGAGUUUUUCUUAUAUGUCUUUAGUUAAACAUUGCUAACACUCUAGAGGCCACAUUUAUUGUCCAUUCUUCAUGAAAUUUGGUCAGAAGUUUGGUCUCAAUGAUAUCUUAGACGAGCUGAAAAUGGUUACGUUUGCUUGAAAAACAUGGCUGCCAAAGGGCGGGGCAUUUUUCCUUAUAUGGCUAUAGUAAAACGUUGUGAACACUCUAGAGGCCACAUUUAUUGUCCAAUCUUCAUGAAAUUUGGUCAGAAUAUUUGUCUCAUUAAUAUCUUGGAUGGGUUUGAAAAUUAUUAUGUUUGCUUGAAAAACAUGGCUGCCAUGGGGCGGGGCAUUUUUCCUUAUAAAAAUGGCUAUUGUAAAAUCUUGUUAACACUCUUGAGGCCACAUUUAUUUUCCGAUCUUCAUGAAACUUGGUCAGAAUAUUCAUCCCAAAAAAUAUCGUGGACAAGUUAAAAAAUGAUGCUGGUUGGUUGAAAAACAUGUCCGCCAGGGGGUGGGGCAUUUUACCUUAUAUGGCUAUAGUAAAACUUUGUUAACACUCUAGAGGCCACAUUUAUUUUCUUAUCUUCAUGAAACUUGGUCAGAAGAUUUGUCCUAAUGAUAUCUUGGAUUAGUUCAAAAAUAGUUUUGUUUGCUUAAAAAACAUGGCCACCAGGGGGCGGGGCAUUUUUCCUAAUAUGGUUAUGUAUCAUGCUUUACUAAAACAUUGUUAACACUCUGUAGGCCACAUUUAUUUUCCGAUUAUUAUGAAACUUGGUCAGAUGAUUUGUCCUAAUGAUAUCUUGGAUGAGUUCAAAAAUGGUUCUAGUUGGUGGAAAAACAUGGCCGCUAAGGGGGCGUGUCAUUUUUCCUUAUAUGGCUAAAGUAAAACCCUGUUAAAACUCUAGAAGCCAUAUUUAUUGUACGAUCAUCAUGACACUUUGUCAGAAGAUUUGUCCCAAUGAUAUUUGGACAAGUUUGAAAUUGGUU